ACAGCUCAACAGCAGCUUCUGCUCUCUACUCCCUCUGAUAUGGCUUUUCAUUUCCUUUGUUUCGCUUCUCAUUAACAACUUUUUUGCUUCUUUCUCUCUCUCUUCUCUCUCUCUUCCCCUGAAUUUCAGAUACCCAAAAGCAAAACGAUUACAGCCAUGGGUUUCCUUCCAAUACACCUUCUGUUUGCUUCUUUUCUCUGUUUUUUCUCUGUUCUUGUUUCUGGGUCUGGAAGGAAUUUCCCGAUUCUGGACUUUGAAGAAGGCUAUAACCCUCUUUUUGGUGAUGAUAAUCUCAUCGUUCUCAAGGAUGGGAAAUCCGUUCAUCUUCAUCUUGAUGAAAGGACGGGUUCUGGGUUUGUGUCUCAGGACCUUUAUCUUCAUGGGUUUUUCAGUGCUUCCAUUAAGUUGCCUUCUGAUUACACUGCUGGUGUUGUGGUGGCCUUUUAUAUGUCAAAUGGAGACAUGUUUGCGAAGAACCACGACGAGAUAGAUUUUGAGUUCUUGGGGAAUAUAAGAGGCAAAGAUUGGAGGAUUCAGACCAAUAUUUAUGGGAAUGGAAGCACAAACAUAGGCAGAGAAGAAAGAUAUGGGCUCUGGUUUGACCCAUCUGAAGAUUUCCAUGAAUACGCCAUUCUCUGGACUCAAUCUCUCAUCAUAUUUUAUGUGGAUAAUGUUCCAAUUAGAGAGGUGAAAAGAAGAGCAAGAAUGGGAGGUGAGUUCCCUUCUAAACCAAUGAGUUUGUAUGCAACAAUAUGGGAUGGAUCUAGUUGGGCUACCAAUGGAGGGAAAUACAAAGUUAACUACAAAUACGCGCCAUACAUCGCCCAAUUCUCCCACUUCAUUCUCCAUGGCUGCGCUGUGGAUCCAACCGAGCAGUCCUCAACCUGUGACCACUCGUCCAAACCAAUCCCUUCUGGUAUGAUCACACCAUCUCAAAGAGCUAAAAUGGAGAGCCUCAGGAAGAAGCACUUGACAUACUCCUAUUGCUACGACCGCAUCCGCUACAAGGCCCCUCCACCAGAGUGUGUGAUCAACCCCGAAGAGGCCAAACGACUCCGAGUCUUUGACCCUGUCACGUUUGGUAAAGGAACACGACGCCAUCACGCCAAAAUCCGCCACUACACCCACGCAGAAUCCGCUUCUGCUUGAGCAGCAGCAUUCUCUUGUGUAUAGACGACGAGAGGGUGAUAGAAGAGAAGAAGAUGCAUCUGUAUAGUUCUUGUUUUUCAGUUCACACGUUUCAUUACAUUGAUGGGUUGCUGGUUGGGAUUUUACAAUAUUGUUUUGUUACAACACCCUCAUAAAUUUGAAUAAAAGACCAAAAAGAACAAAAAAAAAAAAAAAAAAAAAAAAAAAAA